GGUGUUAAUCGGUUGUUCAUGAAGUGCGUCGUGGUCUAGAUAAUUUUGUGCUUACAUUGUUUAUGAAAACCUUUGAAAAUAACUCGUGUUUUAUCUUCUGUGAAUUAUCAACAAUUUCGUGACAGUGUCCUGCACUCUUUAUAUUUAAUUUCUGAUUAAACUUUUGCUCCUGUGGACAUUGAGGUCUGUUCUUCUUCACAAAGGGUGCCUGAGUAGAAUCCCGAUUUUUUUUGUCAACAAACGAAGAAACUAAACCAAGGACAUUGUGACUGCCUGGUCUGAGUACGAUAGCGGACAAGCAACCAGAGAUGAACAGGAACUUCCCUUUCUGGAUGCAAUUCGAUAGACAACCACAGACCGACGAUAUCACUUUAGACGAUUUUGAACGCCUGUGGAUGAUAGGAAAAGGAGGUUACGGGGAGGUUCACUUGGUCAAGCAGAUUAGAGGCUUGAAUGUGGGAAAAUACUACGCAAUGAAGAUAAUGGAAAUGAAUGACAUCACUAGGAGCACAGUGAUUAUCCGGCACACGCAGACGGAGUGCAUCGUGUCAGCGGAGGUAGGCGACAGCCCGUUUUUGGUUAAGUCGCACUACACCUUCGUCACGAAAUCUCAUCUGCACCUUGUGAUGGACUUUAUGGAAGGGGGAGAUUUAUGUGAGCUUCUGGACAAAGAACGUAAACUUCGAGAGCGCGAAUUGAGACAGUUCGAACCAGUGUGGCCAUCAUCAGGUCCAGUUCCCGGUUUCUGUGUUAUUAUGGGCUUCAUUUACCGCGAUCUAAAACCCGAGAACAUCCUCAUAGACUCCAUUGGCCACUUGAGGAUCACUGAUUACGGCCUCUGUAGGAAGUUAUGCCCUCCUCAGAAG